AUGUUAGUUCUUUACGGAGGUUCUGCGUUAACACCUCAUAACCAGAAGAAGCUUUUACAAGCUACAGAGUCUGCGUUUGAUCGUAUUGAGGCUGUAUAUUUUUAUUUAAUUCAAACUAAAGAUGGAUAUCACGUAUCUUCUAAUGAUUUGAGACCUAUUUUAUCAGACCUACAACCGGAUGAAUUUAGACCAUCCGGUCCCCAAGUGGCCUUUGUCUUUCCUCGUACUGGUACCAUAUCUCCAUGGUCUUCGAAAGCUACCAACAUUGCCAAUGUAUGCAACCUCAAAGGGGUGAACCGCAUUGAACGUGGUAUAGCGUAUUCGGUGACAUGCAAGCAAGGCCUUUCUGAAAAUAUAUACGAGAAUGCUUUCAGCAAUCUAUUCGACCGUAUGACUGAAACUCUUCGUUAUGAGCCACCAAAGGAAGAAGAAGUGUUUAAUACUCAAGAACCUGCACCCCUUGUAACAAUUAAACUCGGCUGUAACCAAGAAGCCGAUAAGGAGAAUGCCAAACGUCGUCUCGCAGAAGCCAAUGUUAAGUUUGGACUAGCUCUUGCUUCUGACGAAAUUGAUUACCUGGUUGAGUGCUAUGCCAAUGAGCCUUCAUUGCAGCAUCGCGAGCCUACUGAUGUUGAGCUUUUUAUGUUUGGUCAGGUCAACUCCGAGCAUUGUAGACAUAAAAUUUUUAACGCCGAUUGGACGAUUGAUGGAAAUAAGAUGGAAAACUCCUUGUUUCAGAUGAUUCGUAAUACCCAUAAAUUAAACCCCCAUCAUACUAUUUCUGCUUACUCCGAUAAUGCCGCUGUUUUUGAAGGAAAUGCUGGAUCUAAUUUCUUUCCUAUGAAUGGUGAAUGGACAUUAAAAGAUGAAACUGUUGAUUUUCUUGGAAAGGUAGAAACCCAUAAUCAUCCUACAGCAGUUUCGCCAUAUCCGGGUGCGGCUACAGGCUCCGGUGGUGAAAUUCGCGAUGAAGGAGCCGUUGGUCAAGGAUCAAAACCAAAGGCUGGUUUAGCUGGCUACAACGUUUCUGAUUUGCAUAUCCCUGGUUUUAAGCAGCCUUGGGAAUUGGAGGUCGGCAAACCUUUCCAUAUUGCUUCUCCUCUCGAUAUUAUGUUAUCUGCCCCAAUCGGUAGUUCUUCUUUCAAUAAUGAAUUUGGCCGUCCUUGUAUAAAUGGCUACUUCCGUACAUUAACCAUGGAAGUGACUAGAUCCGAUGGAACGACGGAAUAUCGUGGAUACCAUAAGCCAAUUAUGGCUGCAGGCGGUGUUGGUUGCAUCCGUAGACAGCAUGCUUUCAAAAAAUCCAUUUCUGCUGGAAGUCCAAUCAUAGUACUUGGUGGACCUGCACUCCUUGUAGGUUUAGGUGGUGGUGCUGCCUCUAGUAUGAAUUCUGGUGAAGGUUCUGAAGAUUUGGAUUUUGCAUCUGUGCAACGAGGAAAUCCAGAAAUGCAACGUCGUGCACAGAUGGUAAUUGACACUUGUACUGCAAUGGAAGACAAUAUUAUUCAAUCCAUUCACGAUGUUGGUGCUGGUGGUGUUUCCAAUGCCCUCCCUGAAUUAGUUCACGAUGCCGGUUUGGGUGCCAGAUUUGAACUCCGUGAUAUCCCUUGCAUUGAACCUAGUAUGUCGCCCAUGCAAAUUUGGUGCUGUGAAUCUCAAGAACGAUACGUUCUUUCAGUGAAGUCUGAGGAUCUUGAUUUAUUUACGAGCAUCUGUGAACGUGAAAGAUGUCCCUAUGGAGUUGUUGGCUAUGCUACCGAGGAGCAACGACUAGUAUUGACGGAUCGCCUUUAUAAAUCCACUCCUAUCGAUUUGCCUAUGGAAGUUUUAUUUGGCAAACCCCCAAAGAUGUCGCGUGUGGAUAAUACUGACCCUCUGGUCUUGAAGAAGUUUGAUUCUUCCUUAAACGCCUAUAUACCUACCGUUGAUCAACCAAUCACUGAUGCUGUUCAACGCGUUUUGCGCAUGCCUGCAGUAGCGUCAAAAUCAUUUUUGAUUACAAUAGGUGAUCGUAGUAUCACUGGUCUUGUUGCUCGCGAGCAAAUGGUUGGACCUUGGCAAACUCCUGUAGCAGAUGUCGCUGUCACUGUUACAUCGUACGGUAAGGGUACUACUACAGGUGAGGCGUUUGCCGUUGGUGAGAAGCCGAUCACUGCUCUUAUUUCAUCGGCUGCUUCGGCUCGUAUGGCUGUCGCUGAAUGUAUCAUGAAUAUGGCUGCCGCCUCACUCCCACAUUUGAGUCAUAUUCGUUUGAGCGCCAACUGGAUGUCUUCUCCUACACAUUCCGGUGAGGGUGCAAAAUUAUACGAAGCUGUUCAAGCUAUCGGCUUAGAUCUCUGCCCCCAAUUGGGAAUUAGUAUUCCAGUCGGUAAAGACUCAAUGUCAAUGAGUAUGAAAUGGAUGGAAGACUCCCGUGAGCAAUCUGUUACUGCACCUUUGUCACUUGUUAUCACAGGCUUCUCUUCGGUAAAUAAUGUUGAGUCUAUUUGGACACCUCAACUGAAACGUGCUAAUGAAAUUGGACCGUCUUCCUUGUUGUAUAUUGAUUUAGCUAACGGUAAACAACGUCUUGGUGGUUCAAUCCUUGCUCAGUGCUACAAGGAGUUGGGCGAUGAGGCUCCCGAUGUUGAAGACGUGGAAUUGCUUAAGUCUUACUUCUCCGCAAUCACUCAGCUUCAUACUACUGAUUAUGUACAAGCUUAUCAUGACAAUUCUGAUGGUGGUUUAUUUGUUACUGUUUCUGAAAUGGCCUUUGCUGGACGUGUCGGAGUGGUAUCGGAUCUUGAAAACUUUUCUAAUGACAAUAUUGCUACCCUAUUCAACGAAGAAUUAGGUGCAGUAAUACAAAUCCGGGAUAGCGAUUUCGAAAGUGUAUAUGAAAUAUUCAAGGCCCAUGGACUCGGAAAAGCUGUCAAAAAGUUUGGUAAAGUUAUCUCCAAUGAGGCUCAAGAGGUUGUUUUUGUUCGUUCGAGCGAAAUUGUCUACAAGUCCACCCGUGCUGCUCUUCAAUCUCUUUGGCACGAAACUUCUUACAAAAUGCAAAGCAUUCGAGACAAUCCUAAAUGUGCUCAACAAGAGUACGAAACUAUUUGGGACAAUUCUGACCCUGGUAUUGAUUUCCAUUUGACUUUUGAGCAUUCUCCUAAAUCAGAUCUUUCUUUGACGAAUCGUCCCAAGGUUGCUGUUUUGCGUGAGCAAGGUGUUAAUGGACAUAUGGAAAUGGCUUAUUCGUUCCACGCAGCCGGUUUUACACCUGUGGACGUCCACAUGACCGACAUUAUUAAUGGUAAACUUACACUUGAUAUGUUUGUUGGUAUUGCUGCAUGCGGUGGUUUUUCGUACGGUGAUGUUCUGGGAUCUGCUAACGGAUGGGCUACUUCGAUUCUUUUACAUGAUACUGCUCGUCAGGAAUUUUACAAGUUUUUCAAUCAACGAAAAGAUACUUUUGCUAUUGGUCUUUGCAAUGGUUGUCAGUUAUUUACCCGCCUGAAGACAUUAAUUCCCGGUGCUCAAUGUUGGCCACUUUUCCUUUCAAAUGAAUCUUCACAGUAUGAAGGACGUACGGUAAUGCUUCAAUUAGAUCCGAGGAAUUCAGCAAGUUCUAUUUUCACCAACGAAAUGGGAGGUUCUCGUAUUCCAAUUGCUGUUGCCCAUGGUGAAGGCCGUGCUGUCUUCGAAUCCGAUUCCGAUUACACAAAAUUCAAGCAGGAAGGCUUGGACGUUCUUUACUACGUUGAUAAUUAUGGUAAUAGGACGAGCCAGUAUCCUUUGAAUCCUAAUGGAAGUACAGACGCCAUCGCUGGUGUUCGCUCUCCAUGUGGACGAUUCUUAGCUAUGAUGCCACAUCCUGAACGUGUUGUUCUGAAGGUGGCUAAUAGUUACUAUCCCAAGUCGUGUUCUGAAAAUUGGGGUACUCAUGGACCAUGGCUUCGAUUGUUCCAGUCCGCUCGUAAAUGGGUGGGCUAA